UUUUUUUUUUUCUCUUUUUUUCUUUGUCUGUUUGCUUGUUGAUUCCCUUUCUCAUCCUUCCACCAGCACAGGCUUCCAUUAGUCCCCUACACUUUUUCUUCCCCUCUCUCACACACACAAGCACAGCAGCGUCUUUUGGAACAUGACUCAAAAUUAUCCUCGGCCUAUGCAUGCGAUGCCACAGGGCAUGCCUAUCAUCCCCCCACGACUUCAGCAACAAGAGCAACAACAGGUUCUCGAACGCCACCGACAAAAACAGCAGCAGCAACAGCAACAGGGCUCGGUUCGGUCUCAAAGCAGUCAUAACAGGAGUGUGAGUAACGGCAGUGCGCCACACCGACCCCACCGACCCCUGGACAGCAGUAAUACCUCCACUAGCAAUUACAGCAACAGCAACAACAACAGCAGCAGUAUUAACAAUUACAGCAGCAGCAGUAAUGGCAGACUCCGCUCAGAAUCCAAUCCAGCCUACAGCAGCAGUAACAGCAGUGCCAGCAGCAAUAGUAACCAUUCAUAUGGAAAUCAUUACAGAACCAAUUCGAGUGGAAGUAGUGUCGGUGGAUAUAGUCAACGGACAGGCAACGGCAACUUGGCAACCAGGUCCAAUACAACAGGGUCAUCGUUCCAGGAACGUAUGAAGGAACGAGACCGAGAGAAGCAGCAGCGAGAACGAGAGGAGCGUGAAGCAGCCGCUAGAGCAAUCCGCGAUGAACCCAGACUGAAUGCAGCACUGAAUCAAGCUGCGAAUGCCACUGCUACUGCUGCAGCAGCAGCCCAGACCACAGGAAGUGCGCUUUGGAACCGAUUGCGUGCAGCCAAGGAUGUUAUCAACGCCACCAUCACAGGUGAAGAGCGUUGGCCAGAUUCAGACGAUUCGGAUCACGAAGGCGAGUCCCAUGUUCGCCGCGUGCUUCGAGAGUACGCAGACAAGAAGGAGGCCCAGGAGAUGGCUGCUAAGAUCGCAGAGCUCGAGCUGACACCGAUCGUGACCGUACCCACUCGAUCAGGGUCGCUCUCGAGAAAUCGGCUGCGGGAUGCGCUUGGGCACCAACGGAUGGACCAUCAUCAAACGACCAUCACGAGUAACGCAGCAGCAAGUCCGCCCAAUAGUGCCAACUCCAAUUCAUCCAUGUCAUCGACAUCAACAACACAGAAUUAUUACGGGCAAUCAUUGCGGGCGAGAGAUGAGAGCGGACACCAGUCCUCACACUCAGAGGAUAGCGCUCCUGGCUCAUUAAGAAGCGGGCUGUUGUCGCCACCACCAGCACCAGCAACGACGAAUGUGCGGAUAGGGAACCGGUUCCGGACCAGCAGUGAUGCAAGUCUGAGCAAGGCAUUGGGUCGUUUGGAGGGCAAGCGGAACCAGGAUGCGUUGGAGGCGCAGGUUAGUCAUCUGGGGAGCACAAGGGCGAGAUCUCCGCAUCGGGGACAGAGGGCGUACAAGGAUAAUAUCGACACGGUCCCGCCUCCGCCGUUACCGACGCCGAAGAGUAGUUUCCGACAGCAGCUGCAACAGCAAAAGAGGGAGAAGGAGCAAGGGAUGAUGAUGGAGGCGACUUCGCCCACUUCGCCCACUUCGCCGACGCGAAGGAUGAAUAAUAACUUGGGGGUUUAUGGACAACGGAGACAGAUCCAGCAGCAGCAACAGGACUUUUAGAAAAAUAAAAUAAAUUUGCAUUAUUUUCAUCUGUCCACCUG